GUACCAUUGCUGCCUCCCGAUCAUGGACUGACGUGGUUAUUGGCUGAAGACCGCUCAAUCGCACUGACUUUGGCUUUAUGUGCCGUCAGUCUUGCCUACUCGUCUAGUCAGAUUGCUUCAAAUGGUAAACGUCUUGGAUUGGCAAGACAGCUUCAUUCGGCAUGCCGGCUUCAAAUCCUUGAUAAAGGACUUAGAAGGAUAAGCUAUCUCGAUCAACUUCUGUGUCUUUGUGCUCUUGCAUGGUACGAGGCGAGUCAUGGCGAUGGGGCUCAGGCGUGGUGUGAUAUUGACCUAGGAACGGGCCAGAGUAUAGUGCCUCUGAUAUCCCGAUCAGACCUAUCUCCAGUUUCCCGGGCUGUACUUGAAACAGCUUCUGACUUUCUCAGUUGGCACAGAGCCGAGUUUGCUUUUGGGCACCCGCAACUGGUCCCAUUGAUUUCGGCCCAAACCAGGGUUUUCUCAAAGCUCGAUGCCACCAACCCCUUGGACAACCAGCGUGCCGAUCUGGACAAGGCCAUAGAACUUCUGCUUCGAUGUGUGGAAUAUAGCAGUCGAGAUACUUCCAACGAUCCAAUACUUCCAUGGCAUCGCGAUUCCAACUUCAUGUCUCUCAGACUUCAUUUGGAAAAGUUCUCAAUAGGAAUUGCCGAGACGUACCACCUUGAUUUCGCGGCUGCCAGUUCAAGUACCGUCAAAGGGUCAGAAUUAGCCGUCGGUAUCUCGAUGGUUCUUCUACGCGAUUGUUGUAGCAUCUUGCUAAAUCGGAAUUUCUUGCUCACGUCUCAACUACAGCGUAACCCAACAGGCCGGGAUGGAGCACCGGAAAUGUUCCUCAGGGGACGUAUGAAUGCGUGCAAGGCCAGUGCUGAGAGUAUUCAAAUUCUUUGCACGCAGCUCCUAUCGAAUCAAAUCUUCUGUUUGGUAUUUGAAAUCUAUCCGCCGUACAAUCCGUUACUAAUACGGUAUUGUUGCUUUCAGGCAGCUAUUGUCUUUAUCCAAAGCCUGGACUAUCAUCGCACACAAACCGAGAGAACCGAGUACAAAGACAAACUCAAAGUACUUUUGGCUGUUCUUCUAGCCUUGACAAAGUUUCACAAGCCUGCCAAAUCAUGGAUUGACUGUCUUUCAAAAUUUGGCCGAGCCCGGAACAAGGUGGCAGUAAGUCCGGAUUUGCCGCAUUUCAAAGUUCCAACCUUCUUCUCAAUGUUUCCCGGCAUCCAGGAGCCCCCUCUAGUACCCUUUCAAGAGUCAACAGAGAUGGAUGCCACUUCAAGACUAGACGAAGUCGGCAUGUUGGAAUCUUUGACGCAUCCUGUAGCGAGCGAAACCGCGUGGAUGGACCAAUAUCGAAACGAGUUGAGAAACCAGGUGGCAAGUAUCGCCAAAGAAGACUCCAGGGCCACAGGGACAAGCUCAAUGAUUGGAUCGCCUAGAAUAGAGAUCAACGGGAGGAGGGGGCCCACACUCACUGAUCGAGGCAUCUCGAUGGAAAACGAAAAUAUGGAAGAAUCCUUGUCCAUAACACCAAUCAGCAAUGGACUCUUCGUGAACUCUACACCGGCAGGACCUAUAUCAACAGCUCCUGCUCAAGCGUCCCGUAUUGAUUGGCCGUCUAGGCAAUCCGAGACUCUAAACAUUCGUGGUGAUGAGGCUUGCACCGGCUUGGAAGCCUUGUCGAACCUCAAUGACAUCACCUGGGGGAAUUUUGGCUCAACUCUUUUACUUAUUAACAAUGAUCAACUUCCAACGGUGUCAGAAGAGAUUGACAUGCCGGACAUCGAGCUACCAGAAUGGGACUUGUCAUCUUAUCUUUCUCUUGAUAAUACCAUACUGGAUUUCUUUCACUUAAAUUAA